ACUGAUCUGUCAGCGAGACGCUUGACUUAUUUGUCAAUCCUAAUUGUACAAAAGCUUAAAAAAUGGACUAUUUGGAUCUGGACUCAUUUCGCUCCAGAUAUAGCGACAUAACGGUAACUGCCGUGCCCGCCAAGCGACAGAAGACGGACGGACAAGAUGAGCCGCCAGAAGUAUGGGAAGCAGCUGGGUCCUCGGAGAAAACGCCGGCAGCACGCGUGGAAAUCAUUCCCAUAACACUACCGAAUGGCGCUGCUCCAACCGAGCAGUGCAGCAAGCCAAUGCAGCAGCAGCAGCAGCAUCAACAAAAACAACAACAGCAACAGUUCACACAGGAUGCCGUGGCCUACUCCAAUGAGUACCAGCAGGUGCUGGCCAAACUGGAGUACACCAAGUACGUGCAGGCACAGCUGCAACUAAUGUCUAGCAACAAUGCGCUGGGCGCAUGCGCAUUUGGCGAACUGCUCUAUGGUUUGCCUGGCUCCAAUAUGCAACUACCCAGCGCCGAAUCGAAUGGCACGACCAACAUUGUGGACACCUAUGACAAUCUGCUGGCCGUCAUUGGGGAAAUGCAAAGCAAUUUGGGGCCUACGGCGAUUGGUUUGCGUGCGCCAAAGGAGCGACUCUUACGUGAUAUUGCCCAUGCACGUGUCCUGGUGCGCGAGUGCAUUCUGAUGCUGAUGCGCGACCAUCAGCAGCAGCAGCAGUCGUGUGAGGAGUGACGUCAGCACUUGACGUGUUAAUUGCACGACUUGGCUUUCAAUGAAGCGC